CGUUGGUCACGUGCUCACGUUCACCGCGAAAACGACAAAACUGUAGGCGAGGUGUACUACCGGACCGCUACUACUGAAAAUAUCCUGAUUUAAUUCCUCCCUUGUAAAGUAAGAAAUGGCUGGGAGUAGGACACACAAAUUGGGCACAAUUCUAACCAGAGUUCAAGGUCUUAUGAAAGCUGAGGCAUUAAAAUAUGAAGACAGGCCUCUGUGGUACGAUGUUUAUGAAGCCUUCCCUCCAAUAGAUGAACCAAACUAUUACAGAGUACCACAGAACAGCACACCUAUACGUAAUAUAUUCUACUCGGAAGACGUCAUUCGUGCGAGGUUUGUGAAAGAGUUCGGGCAAGGUGGUGUCAUUGAUCUGGGGAAUCCCCAAUCAGUUUCUAACUGUGAGAGGUUUGUACAGAAGUAUCAGCAUAUUAAGAAACACUCGUCCCAAAUGACAGAAGAUGAACUUUUCAAAGCUGCAGAAGAUGCUCUUAGUGCUGAAGGGUUCCGUUUACGUCAUGCGAUACGCCCCAUGCAAGGGCAAAAUGAAAGUCCCAGCAAACAGGCACCGCUCUCUGAAGAGUAUGCUGACAUGCAAAAAGAUACAGCCACAAAUCAGUGAAGGUACGUUAGUGGAGAACAUGUACAUAGGAAUAGGACAACAUAGUCACUGGCAAAAGAUUAAAGACAAUACUGACCCUUA